AUGUUUAUUGUUAUGGGUUUAGUGGCAUGCCCCGUGUGCGGUGACGUCGCCAAUGGCUACCACUACGGCAUCUACACCUGCGAGUCCUGCAAAACCUUCUUCAAGCGCAGCGUCAUGCAGCAUAAGACGUACAACUGCGUCAGGGACUCCAUUUGUUCUAUUAAGAUCAAUACGAGGAAAAAAUGUCCGUCUUGUAGGUUCGAGAAAUGCAAGCGCGUGGGGAUGUUGACUCAGCUGGUGAGGAUGUCCGGAGAAAGGGGGGGAAAGCAUUCGUCCCUCUCCAGAAUUGGGGGAGCACCUCGAUAUACACCGUAGUCACGUGACUAAAUGGACUUCUAGCAACCGAGACAACA